GUGGCUCCGGGGAUAACUUGUUUGACUUGUUGUGAAAAUUACGUUGUAGCUCGCUGUCUACCUGACGACGCUGGAAAAUAUGUUUUGUUUUGUGCUUUAAUAGUGUUUCACUGAAGAGUUAUUAAUCCUAUAAAUUCGAAACUGCCAAUAACUUUCCAACUUGACCGAACUCGCCGUGCAGUAGCAGUCUCCGAGCGAAUGGAUGGAGCCACGUUUUUUUGUGUGCCCUUCAUGGGCAACAUUUUCCUGAACCGUGAAAUGGGUUGUAAACUACUGCUAGUGCUGUCAGUUACACUGAUGAGCAGAGACACCGAAGCCCUCCAGGCGAUUGGGGGAAGCACAACAGUGGUGAAAGGAGGAACCGCUAUCUUACCCUGCAUACUCAUCGAGACCUCAGAGAUCCUGACUCAGAUUACAUGGCAGAGGAGAACCAGAGAAAAACCUAAAAAUGACAACUUCUACACAAUCCAAUUGGAUGGACACCAAUAUGUUAAUGGGCCUGAUAAUCGAUUUGAGUUUAUUGGGAGUUUUUCUGAUAAAAAUGGAUAUCUACAGUUGUCCAAUGUUCAAUUGAAGGAUGAAGGCAGCUACACGUGCAUCUUCACUUUGUUCCCCAGUGGAAAUCACAAGACAGAUAUACCUCUGAACCUGCUUGUGCCUCCAGUCACAAGCCUGAAGGGUGAUAAUUUAACUUUGGGUACUGGAGAAGUUUCCCUUGCUACCUGCACGGCUGCCGGCUCCAAGCCUCCUUCAGAGGUGACCUGGCUCACUGGUACCCUGGGAGUGAACUCGACGACCAACUCCACUCAGCAUGACAACGGUACAAUGACCACAACCAGCUCACUGUUUGGAGUCCCUACCACAGAAAUCAACAACCAGCUGGUUCGGUGUGUCAUCAGAACAACAGGCCUGCCUGAAGAACAAGUCCUGCCUUUGACCAUCCAAGUUCACUUCCCACCGAUGGACGCGACGAUUGUUCAACGUUCUGAAGACUCCUAUGAAUGUGUGGCCAACGCCAACCCAGAGGCACAUUUCAUCUGGAGCAGGUCUGAUCAGUCUUUGCCUGAGUCUGAUAUUAAAGUUCAGGGUUCAACUCUGCAGUUUGUGAGGAAGACCUCUGAUCUGAAUGGGCUCUAUCAGUGUGAAGCUGUCAACCCGUAUGGAAGAAAACAUGGAGGUCAGAUCUACGUGUACAUGGAUUUUGGCUCCUACACUACUGGCUGCACCUUAUUUGGUCUUCUGCUUUCCCUGAACAUUGUAGCCUUUUCAGUGUGGUACCUUCGUAAACGCAACAAGAAGCAGGGACACCUGCAGAAAGAAACACUAUUUCAACAUCUUCUUAUGGUGAUAGCGAAGACGAGGAAUCACUGACAGAAAGUUGCAGAAGCAACAAGACUGACAAGAGUUUGACAGCUGAAAAUGAGAGAAUCAGCAAAUGUUUGAGGAUCAUCUGAUCAGUGAAGAGUUGGACAGAGAACAUGGACAGGUGUUGUGUUUCAGUUUAUAUACGGGGUUUUAUUUUAUUCACUGGUUUCAUAUCAGAAACGACUGUAAAUGUGUGACUGAAGAAAUACUGAAAACAGUAAGGGAAGAUGACAAACUAAAGAUAUGAGUCUAGUACAUGAGGAAACUUAACUUGAAAAGUAUUAUGUAUCUCUACCUGCUAUUCAAAUUAAUGCAUAGAAAGAAAAUGUGGAUGUGUCUUUAAGUCGAGAGCUUUUGGUUUUGGUAAUAGCAGAGGAUUAUAAGGUACAUAAGAAAGAGAAAAGGCCAAGAGAGAGUGAGCCCACAUCCACAAGUCACGAUGACUGUGUUAACCUGAACACUCCAGUAGUGUUUAGUUUUACUUUACCAGGAACUGUCUUCAAUGUAAAUAUUUAAGUUUUCUUCAGCAUCCAUUUAAAUAUGUUUGACUAGAAUCACUCCAGAUCAUUCCUUUGUUUGACAUUUGUCGUGUUUGUUUACUUUUUUGUUUAGAAAGUUAUUUAGAUAUUUGUUUAGUUUUUUAUGUUUUUAGGCUAUUCAUUUUUAUGUUGUUUUCUUGUCAUUUGUUUUUUGCUACUAAACUGAACGAUACUGAACGAUAGAUGAACAAUAGUGUUUGUUUAUCAUUUUGCUUUAUAUUUGUUUUUCACUUUUAUAAUUUUUUGUAUUCAUUUCAGUGGAAUAAAGCAUAGACAGUCACAAA